CCCGCCACAGCGUCCAUCACAGCACGGCGGCAGUACCACGAGAAAGUGCUCGACCACUACAGCAGGCCGCGAAAUGUUGGCUCCAUGUCAAAAACCGACACGGACGUCGGCACAGGGCUCGUCGGUGCACCGGCUUGCGGCGAUGUCAUGAAACUCCAGAUCCGGGUCGAUCCGAACAACAAUACUAUCAGCGACGUCAAGUUCAAGACAUUCGGCUGCGGCAGCGCGAUUGCGAGUUCGAGCUACUUGACCGAGUUAGUGAGAGGCAUGACGUUGGAGGAUGCCGCCAAGAUACGGAAUACCGAGAUCGCGAAGGAGCUCUGCUUGCCACCUGUGAAGCUGCAUUGCUCCAUGCUCGCUGAAGACGCAAUCAAAUCCGCCAUCUCCAACUACUACACCAAAAACCCCAACGCUCGCGCCUCAGAUCUCGGCGGCACAUCCGCGCCGCUGCCCAAGGUUGAAGUUGAAACUGUGACGGAGCCAAAGGCCGCGACCGCAUAGCGGUGGAAGGAAAUAAAUUGAUACCAACAGAAGACGAAAGAAAAGCGAAAUGAAUUUGGAAGUGUAUUCAUAUCUCACAGAACAUACGAUGGUCUCUGUUUGAUGGACAGCAAGCAUCGGGUCCCUCGCUUCCUAAUAGCGCCUGGUUACAUAGGAGUUUUUUUUUUUUUUUUUUUU